CACAAACCGAAAGUUGAUUGUUCACUCACGGUUCAGUUUCUUUUAGUUAUUUAUGGCAAGUGUAAGUGAUGGUGUGGCACCCCGGAAACACAGAUUGUUUGUGGCUGCCAUUGACUUUGGCACCACAUAUUCUGGCUACGCCUUUUCAUCAAAAGACGACUGGGAGAAAGAGCCUCUUAAAAUCAAUGCAAACAUUUGGAAUUCCGGAACCAAAAGUCUAUUAUCUACAAAAGCUCCCACAACUCUUUUGCUGAAUCCCAACAAGACCUUCCAUUCGUUUGGAUAUGAAGCCGAAACUCAUUAUUCCGACAUGGCGGACGAGGAGGAAGACUACAAAUCUUAUUACUAUUUCCACUGCUUCAAGAUGUUGCUUCACAACAACAAAAAAUUACGGAGAGAUACAGAGAUAACAGACGCAACAGGGAAAAGCCUGGACGCAAUGACAGUUUUCAGCAUAUCCAUUAAAUUUCUUAGAGACCACCUCUUUAAUAGUCUGUCGGACAAGUUCAAAGAUAUUCAAAAAGAUGACAUACACUUUGUACUAACCGUUCCAGCGAUAUGGGAUGACAAUGCAAAGCAGUUUAUGCGAGAAGCAGCGGUGAAGGCUGGGAUAUCUAGGGAACAGCUAUCCAUAGCUCUAGAACCGGAAGUAGCUUCCAUUUACUGUCAGUAUCUUCCUCUUGAACGCCAAAAAUUAAAGAGCGGGACUUCUUUUUUAGACGUCGCCAAAUCAGGGUCAAGGUUCAUGGUAGUAGACCUGGGAGGCGGGACGACAGACAUUACCUUGCACGAACGCUGUAAAGGUGGAAAGUUAAAGGAAAUUCACCGGGCCUCUGGGGGUCCGUGGGGUGGGCGGGACAUCAACGAGGCAUUUUUCUCUUUCCUCAAAGAAUUGUUUGGACAAGAUGUAAUUGACAAGUUUAAGAUAGAUCAUAUGGAUGACUAUUUAGAGCUGGAAAGAGAAUUUGAAACAAAAAAACGCAUGAUAACAUUUGAAAAACCAGGUCGAGUUAAAAUGACCUUCCCCCUGUCUUUGUUUGACUUGGCAAAAACUGCAAGAAAUGCAAAUUCUGUCGAUGAAAUAAUCGGCCAAAAUGCUAAGUAUGCAGGGAAAGUGAAUGUUAAACAACAAAAGCUUCAAAUUUCUAAUGAAGUUUUUAAGUCCUUGUUCCACCCAACCCUUGAUAGCAUCGGAAGUCACAUUCAGAAAAUAUUAAAAGAUAAAUCCGGUGAAGUGGACAAUAUUUUAAUGGUUGGGGGAUUUUCCGAGUGUGAACUUGUUCAAAAUCAACUGAAAAACGUUCUUUCAAACAGAAAGAUAAUUGUACCAGACGAUGCUGGACUCGCCGUUUUAAAAGGUGCUGUUCUGUUUGGCCAUAUGCCACAAGUGAUCACUUCCCGAGUGGCACGACACACCUACGGAAUUCAAAGUUGGCCAGAGUUUGAUCCAGAAAAACACCCACCGUCGAAGAGAGUUGUGAUUAAUGGUGUCGCACGAUGUAAAGACGUCUUUUUCAAAUAUUGCACAAUAGGACAGGAAAUCACGCCAGGAUUUCAAUGUUCCCAAACUUUCCAGGCUCUGAAGCCAGACGAAGACACUCUCGAAUGCACAAUUCACGCCUCUUUUGAGGAGGAUCCAAGAUUCGUCACGGACGAGUCUUGCUUUCGUCUUGGGACACUUACAGUUCCUUUGCCAAAGCGACGGUCAAACGAACCGCUUGAAAUAGAGGAAACGAUGGUGUUUGGAGAAACUGAACUCCAUGUCAGAGCAAAAGAUAUUACUCAUAAUCGAACUUAUGAGGCUUUCUUUAACUUUCUGGACAACUGAGAUUGUUGAGUGUUAUCAUUUUAUUGGAAUGUUCACACGAAUUCAGUUAUGAUCUGUUUAUGAAAUGGGCUAAGAAUAUUUAUUGUACAUUAUUUGGUGCCAAUGUAAUAAAAUGAUACAACUAAA